GUGAAGAUGAUGAUAAUUUGUUUGUAGGGGAGAUACAUGUUGUCUCUAACAAAAAUAAAUAUGGGACCGUGCAUAGUGAUUCCGAGGGGAAUCAGAAAUGAAAUGCUCAAAAGGUUACAUUAUCCACAUCUAGGGGUAACCAAAACUCAGCUCAGGGCAAAAAAUGUAAUGUAUUGGCCGCAAAUGAACUCCCAAAUCUCAGAUGUUAUAUCAAAGUGUGAAACAUGUAUUUUGAAUGCAAACAGCAAUGUAAAGGAACCUCUGAUGCCACACAAGGUACCAAAGCUACCUUGGGACAAGGUAGGCAUUGAUAUUUUCUUUUUUGAAGAUAAAAAGUUUUUACUAGUUGUCGAUUAUCUUUCUAAAUAUGUUGAAGUUGUGAUCUUGCAAAAUAUGACUAGUGUUUAUGUUGUAAAUAGUUUGAAAUCUGUAUUUAGCAGACAUGGUAUUCCUAGAGUUGUGAUUUCUGGUUUUGAUACUAGUUUUAACAGUAGUGAGUUUGAAAAUUUCUCGAAGUGUUGGGAAUUCAAACAUGUACGCACAAGUCCUCAUUAUUCGCAAUCAAAUGGGAUGGUAGAAAGAGCUGUUCAAAGUGUUAAAAAUCUGAUCAAAAAGUCUGUGCUAGAAAAAACUGAUUUGUAUUUGGCUCUCUUAGAAUUAAGAAACACGCCAAUCAGUUGUAAUCUGCCUUCUCCAGCAGAAAUUCUUUUCAGUAGGAAACUUAAUGGUAUUUUGCCAUGUCAAGACAAAAUGCUUAGGCCUAGAGUACAGAAAAAUGUUAGAAAAAACUUAAUUUUAAGACAAGACUCUCAAAAAAGGUAUUAUGAUAGAGGUGCAAAGCCCUUAAGGCCUUUGCAGGUAAAUGAACAUGCCUUGAUGAAAUACAAAAACAAAUGGGUAAAAGGUCAAAUUGUUGGAAAGAGAGAUGAGCCUAGGUCUUAUAUUGUACAAAGUGAACGUUCAGACAAGACUUAUGUUAGAAACAGACGGGAUCUCCGUCCAUUCAACGUAUCAUGUAAGCCUUAUUUUGUCAGUAGUAAUGAUGUACCUGGUGUUAACCCGAAAUCGCCUGUAAAGACCAGAUCCCCAAUCAAGUCUCCUUCCCAUAACCUACGGCAUAGCCAAUCUCCUUUGAGACCAAUUUUGUCUCCUGCCAAAGAAGUAACCUCAUCUCCUGAAAGGCCUAACAGUCCUAGACAUGUACACUUUCCUGCUGACCACAAUCACUACACGACCCGUUCUGGCCGUAUGAUAAAACCUGUCGACAAAAUGAAUUUGGUUAGAAUGGGACCGAAGUCUUGCCGGCAUGUCGUGAGAGGCGACUAUCUGAGGUUGACAGGUCCUUCUCUUCAUGCUGCCAAUCUUCUACGAGGUUAG